GUUAUCCUGGCUCCGUGCCAUGCCAGCCCAGCUCCGACACCGUGACGCACUUCGACCAACGCUCCUGCUGGCGGUCGCUGUCUCGUGGCAACGGACGCUGUUGCUCCACGGCGGCGGGGCUGCGAUCUUCCGUGGCAGCGUGGUGCGCAUGAAGGACGAGACUGAGAGUUUGCACGUGCAGGUUUUGAACUUUGAUCCAGACGUCAAGCAGUGGCUCCUGCGUGCCGGUGAGAAGACUUUCCACCGAGUGGCUUCCAGCUUCGAGGUGGACUUCUGUGUCUCUCCAGAUGCCCUGGCCUCGCGGCAUCCUGAUGGCCUCCAAGUGGUACAGACGCCAUGUGGUCGGGCGCUGGAAGCUCAGGUGGACUUUCCCCAGGGCGAACUUUUUCGAGAGGCACCCUACCUGGUGGCUCAGCGGGGUGUGCUGGCAGCACGCUCAAGGGCGAUAGCCUUCGCAAGGGCCAAGGGGAUGAUGAGGGUAUUGGAGGCCUUCGAAGAGCUUUGCACCUCGCAGCCUUCCCAGUCCAUGUCGCCUGAGACGGCAGUUUUGGCGAGGUGGGAGUGCAAUUGUCAGCAACUCUCAGUUCCGCCAGCAUCUGGCAUCUACAGGACUCAUUCUCUUCUACAACAUUCUUGCCAGCCCAACUGUGCUGUGGGGGUUCUGUUCUCCACCGGAGAAGUGCUGGUGCGAGCUCUUCGAACGAUCCACCCGGGAGAAGCUCUCUGUCGGAACUACGAGCGGGAAGGAGUCCUCUCGUUUCCGACUGCGAGCGGUGGGAGGAUUUUGGAUGGUCUUGCCAUGGGAUGUACUUGCUUAGAAGUGCCACCAAGCAGCUGGCGCGUCGCAGUUCCGACCGACGACGAACGACGACCUUCGCGAAGUGACAUCGGACUCUCGUUGGUUUCAUGGGACGCAGCCAGGCGCAGCCAGGAUUUCUCCAGCUGGACGUGCGCUCGCGACAGCAACACCUCCGUGAGACGCGGGGCUUCACUUGCCUUUGCAGUCGAUGUGUGGCGGAGCAAUGAGACGGACAGCUCUGGACGCUCUGGACCUUUGGUGCUUCGGCUCCCGGUGGAUCUGCAGGGCGGAUCAGCGCCAGUUUGCUGGUUGGUCUCUACGAGCGUCAAGCUGGCCUCAUACACCUCCAUGACACCUUUGCCAAACUCUUUGGUUGUACCUCCAAUGACUGCUGCAAGGUGCCGAGGGCAAGGAGGUUUACCGUCCAGGUGGUGCGAGAAGUGCGGAAACCCGACAAGAACAGGAACAUGUGAUGGAUCAUUCCUCAAGGUUUGAAAGAAACAUGAGAGGGAGACUUCCACAAGGGUUGGUUUUCGUCCUUUCUACUUGACUCCUUUCCUUUGACCUUAGUCACUAAGUUGGACCAAGAUUCAAUGCCUUUGUGGAACAUUGACUUCAGUCCGAACCUCGAAUGCCUUUGUUUGGAGGGCACUCGAUCGAUCCAAGCUGGAUAUAGAUCGAUCAAAAGAGGGAGAUCGAACUUCGGUAUAUUCCGUGAAUCAUCAGAUAUCCAGGUUGACAUCUCUUGGAGCGAGCCCGCCCCCUCUGUAUCGGAUUAUCAAGACUUGGUAGGAUUCAAGCUGGAGAUGCCGAUGCUGCGCAGUGCCUCGGUCGCAAGGGCCCUGGCCUCGACCCUCCAAAAGGGUGGAGCUACGCACCCCUAGCUUCCGGGAAUUCUCAA